AUGUCGUUCGCCCGUUCGCUAGCUAUCAACUUUGGAAGGGUUGCGACCUUCAUUCAGGUCCUCUUCUACCUUCCGCUCGCUCUCGACAUUGCUGGACAGGAUGCUUUCCUUGCACUUUCGGCCUCUUUGGCCUCGUACUACCUCUUCCUGUCUACGGUGCGUCUGCUGACCAGAGGAACGCGUCUCGCAUGGAUCGGUCAGACCCUCGCUGUCUUCCAGUUCAUCGUCAUUCCAGCUUGCCUUUUGGUUUGCUUCAACGUGUACUCUCCGCCUUCCGCGACCAUCUUCCCUCCGCGCCAUGCGGAUAGUCAGGACAAGACUGCGAGCGAGGCUAUCAGCAGCCUCUUCAGCCGCGGAUCGGGCAUAGUCUCCCUGGAAGGGCUCGAUUCAGAGAACCUGCAAUCGCUCACUGGAUUCGACUCGCUCGACCGAGUUGUCUCCGCUUCGGUCGCUUUCUUCUUUUGGCUGGCUCGCCGUGUGCCAGGAUGGUGGCAUACGCUGCUUCGCAUCUCGAGCCCUUUCUUCAGCCUGCUCGAAGGUGUAGCCUCUCUGCUGGUCAUUCAGUCCCUGGCAUCCACUUCGAGAUGGAUCAUCGCAUCUUCGCUCGCCAAUCCUUCUCCGCGCUAUCAGCGAGCACCAUCGCCAUCAACACCUUCCCAGAGAGGCGCAGCUUGGAUGUCGAACACCUUCAUCAUGCGGUCGCUCGCAUCUCUAGGAUUUGGAGCGAGCGAAGUCUGGCAGAUCUUCUUCCUCCUCGUUUCCGCUACCAUCUACGUCACCGCCGCCUUCGCGCUCUACGUCUCUUUCGACGGUGCAACAAAGGAUCGUCCCGGUACAGCAGCCGCCAUAGCCACCUCGGUCACAUCCACCUUGUGGCUCACAGCCAUCGCCUUCGCCAUUCGUAAGGGAAACGUCAUCGAAACAUCGCUCAUGUUUGCGUACGUCGUCUUUAACAUUUACCAACUCGGCCCAAGUCUCUCCUUCACUCCCGAUCCGAUCUCGCUCAUCCGAAGCUUCAAGGUCAACACCCACGGGCAGGUUUUUGUCGACAAGCUUCCCCGCUCUUUGCAAGCCCCGCUGACAAGCAAGAUCCUUCGAGCGGCGAGCGGAUUGGUCGAGGUAAUCGCGCAUUGGUUGGGUCAAUCGGUGGAUUUCAUACAUGCAGCUGGGGCGGCGUUACCAAAAUCGGUGAUCGUAAGCUUGAUCUAUCGAUUGAUGGUGCUGUAUGCUGCCAGUAGGAUUCUGCCCAUGUUGAAGGGGAGCGUGGUCCGGAAUAGGGAAGGAGAUGGGUUGCAUCGAGAGGGGAGUUGGGGUCGUGCACGGACGUAUGGCGAGGACAGCGAUGCGAGCACGAGUAGCGAAUCUUCAGCCUCGAGUUUUGUCGGGACCGAAGUGGAAGAGUUGGAGGAAGAGGUUUGGGACGACGAGCAGGGCAAAUGGGUUUUGCAGAGGAGAAGGCUGAAGAGGAGAAGAAGGAGAAGGAUGGAUGAUGAACUGUUGGAAAGCAGCAGUGACGACGAGGGAGACGCGGAGUAUGAGGAGGAUGACAGCGGGAUUGCGUAUGGUGCAGGAUUGGCCGAUGCGUUGAAGGAGCCGAUGAGUCUGGCUGACACGUUGAAGAGCCCGCCCCCGAGGAAGGGCACAAGCGGGAGAGGAAAGCGUGCACACAGAAGAAGAGGAGAGAGGAAGCCGUCGCCGCUGGAAGAGUUGACUGCGACGGCUGCCGACGAAGCCAAGCGUAACGGCGACGCCGUCAUCAGCGACACCACCGCCGCGACCGAGGCAGAGAAGCCCACCCGCAAACGACCCAACCUCUCUCGGCCCCCCUCCGAAUCACGUCGACACAAACGUCCACGCCCACCCUCCUCCACCACCCCCUCCUCACCCCCUUCCCCACCACACUCUCCCUCCUCACCCUCGCCGCCGGAAACGUUCACCUCGAUCAUCUCGAUCCUCGUCUCCUACUCGCGUCUCAUCCUCAUCGCCGUCUACAGCCAUCUGCUUCUGCUCGAUCAGGCGAACCAGAUCUACUGGAGGUUCCUCACCGUAGGUCUCACGCUCAUUCUCUGGGGACUGGAGAUCACCAUCUCCAAAGAGGACGACGUCGUAGGUGGGGUCGGCGAACUAGGCGCUGCUGCGGCAAGAACAUGA